AUGUUUGUAACAAGUAUUCCUAGAGACUCCCACAAAUCCCACCAUGCUUUCACCAAAGAACUAAGCGAUAGAAUUUCGAAGCUAAAAAUAAUCACUGAAAAUAAUGGCUUAGAUUUUCCUCCCACUUUGCUGUCUGCAGCAAAGGAACUUUCAGAUAGCACAACACAUUUAUCAGUUCUCCAUUGCGAGCAGGAAAAUCCUUCUCCUUUGUAUACUUCACAUACAAAAAGUGAUUUAGGGAUUCCUCCUCCACAGGAUCUGGAUAAAACAGACAAAAAAACAUCAGAAACUUUUGAACUUGGCAGCAGACUUUUAAAUUCCAGUUUCAGUGAGAGCGAAUCUGAAAGUGAAUUGGAUACCACACAAUUGAAAAAAAAGUCUAAAAGCUUGAUUAAGGGACUAAAGCAGCAAUUGAAGCAUUUCAGCUUUGCACAGUCAAAAUAUUUGGAGACUAGUGCGAGGAGUGAAACUGAAACGUCGAUAUAUAAAGAAGACUUAGUGAGCUUGCAUAAAUCAGCAACCGAGGUGCUUAAUGAAACUUUGAAGACCAAACAUGAAAUAAAGAUGAUGAGAAAAAAUUUUGAGGCGGCUUGUGAUAGGGUAGAAACGCCUGCAAAAUUCCCCAACUUAAAUAAAAGGGAUUUCUUAGAAGUAGAGCAUGAAUUUAUUGAAGAAGAAUCUUCAGAUAUCAGAAGUCUUGCAAUACAAAUUAAAGAAAUCCAAACAGAAAUAGAUUCCAUUAAUCAAAGAAUUACAACAGGACAAGAAGAAUUUAAAUUAAAAGAAAAAGAACAAACUGAGCUGAUGAGCACAAUUUUAAAGUUAAGAGAAAGCUUACUCCGAACAAAACCAUUAGAAAAUCCUUAAUUUUGGAAAAAACUCACUGACAAAAAUUUUUUAAUAUAAAAAUAUUAUUAUAAUGAAAUCUCGAGCUAAUUCUGUUUAAUUUUAAAAUUAAAUUAGUAUUUGGUUUAAAAAUUAUUUCGAAGUGGGAUUUUUUUAAAUUGAAAAAAAAAUUAUAAAAAUUUAUAUAUAACUCUUCCACUUAAAUAGGCAGCCAUGUAUCCGACGUCUCCUAGACUGCCAGGAUGGACUUCAAAAACACAUCUUGGCGAAACUAACCCUUGAAAUAGAAAAUUCACCUGAUAAUUAGAUUUUCUAUUUCAAGGGUUGAUUGCUCCAACCCCGAGCAUAUGGUAAUCCACUUAAGUGGAUGAGCUAUAUAUAAAUUUUAAAAAAAAGAACAAAAUUUUUGUUCGCUCACAGAGGAGUGAGUUAGCAAAUAAUAACAGCUGUGUCAUAGACACUGACGAAAAGAAAGAUUCAUGCAAGUGCAUCGUUUUUUAA